GCCGUUCAAUGGCGGCUAUUAAGGCAAACCGUGACUUGGCCGAGUCAUUGAAGGAAGGGAAUUCAUUUGUUUUUAAGGAUUGGGAGUUAAAAUCCGGCAUAUACAAAACGGAAUUGAUCCAGAAAGCAAUUAAUGAUAUGUGGUUUGCAAAUCGCUGUGACGAAGGUAUACUCUAUGCUAAAUACUUCGAUCCUUUACCUGUGAAAUUGAUGGCGCUGGUACUCACGGUGAUGGAAUGUUGUGUCGACGAGUGGACCACUGGAGUCAGGGAAGACGUUAAAUUCUCCUCGGUGUCUUAUGGUCCGGUCUACCUUGCACAUCUCGACUCCUUGCAGCGGUUCGAGGAGCGCACUGCUCCCUACAAAUUACUGGAUAGAAUUCUUGAUAAUCUGCUUGACGUGGCUCGGUUACAUGCUGGUGGUAUAAACCCAUUCAAGACAGCAGAAUCUGUCGACGCCUUCGCCAAUGAUAUAUUUGAUGAGGCGAUCCGAGAGUAUGAAGUCGAAAUGCAAGCGGCGCAGGAUGGGCGUCCUGAAGGGGUAGAGGCUGGUGAUGCUGCUGGUGAUGCUUGAUGCUUCAGGAGGCCACUGGUUAUUACGAGUGUCAGAGGUACGGUUGUAUUUUUGCCACCCUGAAUACAUUCAAUUUCC